AAGCGAUCCAUUUUUCCAAGACUGGAGGACAUCAGAGAGCCAGGGACGUCACGAUCUAACCAGCUACUUCCAAGCUUCAGUCAAGACUUCUGGCUGCUAAUUUCUGUUCAGACGAACCGAUAGGAGAAAUUAAGCAAGUUUGCAGAGCUCAGGACUGCCAGGAGGCUUCAGGGGACUUCACACUGGGCAAGUUUUGUGCGGGCAGAGCUGAGAGCUUGCUGGGAGGAUGAGUUUGCCGUCUAAAACUGGCCGGGGCUUUGCAGCAACUUCUUGGGUAGAGAGAUAACUUACCAGUGAACUCAGACGGUCUGCGCGUUGUGCAAGGGAUCCAAUCAUAGCUUGCUAUGGAGGAUGACUUUUAAGAUGAAUACCUACCUUGGCGAUAAAUCCAAUUCAUCAACACCUGGAUAUUUGAAAGCGUCUGCACUAAAUAAUGGCAAUCUUUCUGCAAACAGCUCCAAUGAGACAGCAAGCAACUUGGAUUCACCUGCCUUGGAUGUCAGUAGGGCUAUAGUUGUGGGGCUUAUCCUAGGUGCCUUUAUACUCUUUGCUAUUAUAGGUAAUAUCAUGGUAAUUCUCUCUGUUGCUUGCAAUAGACAUUUAAGAAUCCCUACCAACUAUUUCAUAAUUAACCUCGCAAUAGCAGAUUUGUUGCUGAGUUUUACUGUGCUUCCUUUCUCUGCUACACUGGAAAUCCUUGGCUACUGGGUUCUGGGGAGGAUAUUUUGUGAUAUCUGGGCAGCAGUUGAUGUGCUGUGCUGUACAGCUUCUAUUUUAAGUCUAUGUGCAAUUUCUAUAGAUAGAUAUAUAGGGGUACGUUAUUCUCUACAGUAUCCGACUUUGGUAACAAGAAGAAGAGCAAUUUUGGCUCUCUUGGGUGUGUGGGUCCUUUCCAUGGUCAUCUCCAUUGGGCCUCUUUUGGGCUGGAAAGAGCCAGCACCCAAGGAUGACAAGGAGUGCCGCAUCACGGAGGAACCAUUCUAUGCUUUGUUUUCCUCCUUGGGCUCAUUUUACAUUCCCUUGAUCGUCAUCCUCAUCAUGUACUGUCGGGUCUACAUCGUGGCCAAGAGGACUACUAAGAACCUGGAAGCUGGGGUUAUGAAAGAAAUGUCCAACUCCAAGGAGCUGACUUUACGGAUUCAUUACAAGAACAUGCAUGAGGACACGUUAAACAGCACCAAAUCCAAGGGCCACAACCACAGGAACUCCUUGGCCUUCAAACUGUUUAAAUUCUCCAGAGAAAAGAAGGCAGCCAAGACACUGGGAAUUGUGGUUGGCAUGUUUAUCUUGUGCUGGCUACCUUUCUUCAUAGUUCUCCCACUAGGUUCCAUGUUUUCUGCUCUGAAGCCCCCUGAAACGAUCUUCAAGGUGAUUUUUUGGCUUGGUUACUUUAACAGCUGCUUGAAUCCAAUCAUCUACCCUUGCUCAAGCAAAGAGUUCAAGAGAGCUUUUAUACAAAUCCUAAAAUGCCAGUGCCACCGUCGGAAGCAGCUGGGGUGGUGGGCCUACAGCUACAGAAACUGGAAUCGGUGCUCCUUCGAACACCCCAGGAAGGACUCUCUGGAAGACACCGGGAGUUUCCUCAGUGGCAGUCAGAGGACAUUAUCUUCAGCAUCUCCCAGCCCAGGCUACCUGAGCAGAAUCAGUCACCCGCAUAUGGAGAUGUGCACAUUCCAGGAAUGGAGAAAUUCCAGCUCUUUCCUGAGCCCUUUACAAGAAGGCACUAGGCAGAAGGACCCAUGCCAGUUCUUUACCUUCAAUCUCUUACCAGAGCGCAAUGGACAUAUUGCUGCUGGCAGCCAAGCUUCUGGCAGCAGGGACUGCGAGGCCAUGUGUAACACACUGAAUGGCAAAAACAACUUCAGAGCAAACAUGACACUAGAAUGAACAGAUUCAUAAAGCUGCCUGCCCGGACUCUGUUGUCCUCCUCAGACACUAACUGGGAUGGUAGGUGAAAGAAUGGACUGUGCAGUUUCUCAGCAUGGCACAAGAAGGAAGUCAGUGAGGGAGAGGCCUGCUCCCAUCACCAAAGUAGCACAGUUUGGGAAGUAACCAUAUUUCAAGUCAACUGUAGUCAGAGAGGCAAUAGAAUGCUGGGAAGGGGCCAGAUAAACCCAGGGAAGAGCACAGCCAAAUAUUUAGAUAUCAUGAAAGUGCUGUAGAACAGCCAAACCCGUCUGUGUAUAGAAAGAAUGUAUAGCUAUGGGGUUAGGCAGGGGGCUGCGUAUGAACGUGUGUGUGUACAUGUGUGCUAGCCGCAUGUUUGGGUGCCCAAGAGGGGUCGURAGCAAUGCACUUGUGCAGUACUGUUUGUACCUCUGCAGCGUUCCAGUUGCCGCUGAUUUUGCCUGUAAAAUUCUUAUUGUUGUUGUACUUCACUGUACAUUCGCACUUUAGAAAUUGAAAACAAUGUCAAAGA